AUGGCCGUGGCCCUGUACGCCUCUGCGGCGUCCUCGACACUGUUCAGGCUCAUCAGCUAUGUCUUCUUACGAGUGAUUCCCGCGACGUUUUGCAAAUUCCUGCUGCCUGCGCUUUAUGUCCUGUAUGCCUUACCAGCGCUGUUUAUCUCGACCGCGCCACCUGUUCCCCCGAAAGAAGAGAAGAAAGUCGAGGAGAAGAAGGAGGUCGUCAAGGCAAAUGGCAGCACGCCUGCACCUGCACCCAAACAGGAACCCGACUUGUUUUGGAAUCUCCUAUUAUCCUUCUCCGCGACACCCCUCACGAAAAAGGUUAACUUUGGGAUCAACACUCUGCUGCUACUCGCCGGUGUACACAUGGUGCUCCAACCCGUGCUCGACCCCGCACACGACGUGAUCUUCUCCCGCAUCGGUGCCGUCUCGCCUGAUUCGGCCAAGAUCGUCGUGCGUUUCCCGAAUACGACCUCCAACGCGACGGAGUCUUCCUUGCAGUUGUUAUGGAGGAAGGUGCCGGAGACGACGCUUUCGGGCGCUCCUAGCGUUGCUCCAUGGCAGAGCGGACCUAAACUCGAAUUGACGGAUGACGCCGACUGGACCGGCACCGCACAGAUUCGCGGUCUAUGGCCUAACACCCAAUAUGAAUACGCUCUCGCCGACACGAACAAGACCCUACUCGACUACCCCGCGACACCCCUCCGCUUCCGCACCUUCCCAGACCCCAGAAUCCCCGGCGGCUCUCACUUCCGCUUCUUGGCUACCUCCUGUGUUACACCCAACUUCCCCUACGUCCCUUUCCAAGGUCGCACCAUCAAGGGAUUCGACUACAUGGCCGUAUACCUCGCCGGCACACCCAAGAAACCCACUGCCGUCCCCGGCUACGCAUCACCCUUCGCCGGCGCGCAGAAGCCCGCUGAAGAGCCGUCUCCCGAGGAUGCUUCUGCUGAGUCUGUUCUCGACGAGCAUAGCGACUAUCUGCCGGUCGUUGGGGGCCAAGGUCUGACCGAGGACGUCGUUGAGGAGUUCAUCGAGCCCCCGCGCAACGAGUUCUUGAUCUUCCUCGGCGACUUCAUCUACGCGGAUGUGCCGUAUUACUUCGGCGCCAGCCUCGAGGCCUACCGUCGCCUAUACAGGCGCAACUACCAAAGCCCCAGCUUCCGCAAAGUCUACGAGCAGCUCCCCAUCUUCCAUGCCUACGACGACCACGAGAUCUUCGACAACUACGCUGGAAAGGAGAACGAUUCCUGGCCCUACCCCCCAGCCUCCGACGCAUUCGGCAUCUACGCUUCAAACGCCAACCCCGAUCCUCGCGUGCCCGGCACGCAGUACUACGACUUCCGCUACGGCGACAUCGCCUACUUCGUCCUCGACACCCGCCGCUACCGCUCAGGCGCGGACGUACCGAUCGAAGAACGAAGCAUGCUCGGCGACGCGCAGCUCGCUUCCUUACACGAAUGGCUCGCAAAGGCAAAUCAGACCGCAACUUUCAAGUUCAUCGUGUCAAGUUGCCCGUUUACGAGUCUUUGGAGGGUGGACGCACAGAUCGACUCAUGGGCAGCGUAUGCGAACGAGAAGGCCGCGCUGCUCGAAGUCCUGCACACCGUUCCCAACGUAUUCAUCAUCUCCGGCGACCGCCACGAGUUUGCUCAAAUCGCGUUCAACCCCGAAAACCCGACCCUACACACGGUCUAUGAGAUCAGCACGAGCCCGCUGAACAUGUUCUAUAUCCCCCUGAUUCACACGUUGAAGAGCGAGAGCGAGUGGACGGUGAGAAGGACCAGCACGUUUGAGGUGCCGAGUGAUGUGAAGGGUGAGGUUAAGACGGAGGAGGUUGAGAUUGAAAUUCCUGCGGAGAAGGUCGAAAAGUACUUGCCGAAUGGGAAUCACAAGUGGGCGACGUUUGAAGUUGACACGACCAAUGCACAAAGCCCGACGUUGAAGCUCGACGUACACAUCGACGGCAAAGUGGCCUACGAGCACACAUUUGCCGGUACUCCCGUCAAGCUGCGCUCCUCGAGCACCACGCUUUCCACCGUCACAGACGGACUGCGCGACAUCCUCGGCCGCGUCGGGUUCAACCCAUCCUCAUGGUUCUAG